AUGUUCUCACAUGAAGCGCCGAAUCUUCGCGCAGAAUGUCGAGCCAACUGUUUUCGAAACGAUCAGUUCUCCUCCUGCAUAGCAAUGUUCAGCUCAAAAAAUCGUUCGAGAUUUUCUACCUUCUUAUCGGCAAGUCAUUGA